UAAUGGUAGUAAUAGUACCCCAAUCUCCCAGUACUUCUCCAGGCUUGACCCACAAGCCAAAAUCAUGAAAAGAGCACCAGGAACCAUGAAUGCAACACCAUCGAUGCGAGUAUCAAUCAAAGAGAAAAAGACACUCACACAAGGCUUCGUCCCCAAGACUCUCUUUUUUUGGUUUUUUUUUUUCUUUUUUUAUUUCCCGCCAUUAAUCUCUUUCAUGCUCUUCUCACCAUUUACAGCUAAGCUCUUUGUUUGAACUUUGAAGUCUUCCCAUAUUUCACCUUUUUCAAAUACCCCCCUAGAACCUCAGUCCAUCUUCCCAUGGCUUCCAUCCCCAUCCUCUUGCUUUCCCUAAAUUUCAUUUCAGUCCUCGGGGUUCUCAACCCUGUCGACUUCCUUGCUCUCCAAGCAAUCCGGAAAUCCCUCUACGACCUCCCCGGCUCCCGCUUCUUCGCCGCCUGGGACUUCACCGCCGACCCCUGCGCCUUCCCCGGCGUCACAUGCCACAAUGGCCGCGUCUCCAUGCUGGCUCUCGGCGACUCUGGUGCUGGCCCCUCGCGUCUCGCCGGUCAUCUAGACUCCACGGCUCUCUCCCUCCUCACCGCCCUCUCCGAGCUCUCUCUUGUCCCCGGCCGCGUCUCCGGCCCUAUUCCCGCAACUCUCCCGCACUCUCUCCGCUUUCUCGCUCUCCCACGUAAUCUUUUCUCCGGCUCCAUCCCUUCCUCUCUCUCCUCCCUCCCCUUCCUCCAGACCCUCGACCUCAGCUCCAACCUCCUCUCCGGCCCCAUCCCCCAAACUCUACCCCAAAUCCGAACCCUCUCCUACCUAAGCCUCCGCCACAACCGCCUCACCGGCCCCAUCCCCUCCUUCCCUUCCGGCUCGUCUCUCCUCCGCCUCGAUCUCAAGCGCAACUCCCUCUCCGGCCCAAUCCCGCCUCUCCCUUCUUCUCUCCGCUACCUCUCUCUCUCCAACAACCUCCUCUCCGGUCGCAUCGACAAGGUCCUCCCACGACUAACCCGGCUGAACUACCUCGACCUCAGCUCGAACCGGCUCGCCGGACCGAUCCCCGGCCGAAUCUUCUCCUUCCCAAUAUCCAGUCUCCAGCUCCAGCGGAACUUCUUCUCCGGCCCCGUCCGGAUGGCGGCGGGCUUUGCCGGAACACCAGUCGUGGAUUUGAGCCACAACCACUUAACGGGUCGGAUCCCGGCAGCGUUAGCGGGUGCGGAGGUGUUGUAUCUCAAUGACAAUAAGUUAACCGGGGUUCUCCCGGCCGAGUUCCUGAAGGCGAUGAUCGAGGGCAGGAUAAGGGUGUUGUACCUGCAGCGCAACUACCUGACUGGAAUGCAGGGAAUGGGCCCCAUCAAUGGGGUGCCGGAUAACACUACGUUGUGCCUCAAGUAUAACUGCAUGCUCCCGCCGGCCGGGGCCAAGUGUCCAAACCGCGGCGGCGCGAUGAAGACGAGACCCAAGGACCAGUGCGCGCGCUUGAGGGAGUGACUGUCCUUGCUUUGAGAUUCGUGUUUCACCAUCACGAGAAGAUUUAAAAAAGAAAAAGAAAAAAUAAAUAAAUAAUUCAGGAUUAAUUCA